AUAUAUAUUCUGCAGCGCACAUCUUGUUCUCUACAUCGCUCAUCUUCUGCGUUUCUCAUCUUGUUCUUUGCAUUGCUCAUCUUGUCUUCUGCGUUUCUCAUCUUGUCCUCUGCGUCUUCUCCGCAUUGCUCAUCUUGUCCUCUGCUUUUAAUCUUGCUCAUUGACCCAUUUGAUUCACGUAAUGUCAAACAGUAACGUCAUCCCAGGUCUCAUACCAAUUGCCCAUUCUCCUAUCCAGGGGGUAUACCUGAUGAUUUGUAGAGGAUUUCCCGGUUACGUCACAAACGUAGUUGUAUAUUUUCCUUUUCACAUUUAUGAGCUGCUGGCGGUGGCACUAGGGGGACCAACCAAUCUAAUGCAAGCGAAUGCAUUAUUACCGUCCUCUGUGGACGUACAGGUUAACAACGGCACUACGGGCACGCAUUAUCGCGGGCGUAUAAGUCAUAUACUACCUGCCCAAAAUAAUUUUUCCGAUGCUGUCUUCAAUGAUCACUUAAGUCCGCAGGACGCAAGAGUAUCCUCACAAUUUUACGAGAACACGUACCCACCUUAUCAAGCGCCAAGUUCCAUGCGCUGGGAGCAUGUAACAGCAGCCCUUGAUACUGGCUCUCCUGGCUUCGAAUCUGCACUCGGUGACGUCAACGGCCAAGCUGUUCUUCAAAUUCAUCAUCCUGUAUUGUCUCCGGUGCUACCCUCUACUAUACGGCCCAUUCAUCCUUCGACAUCCUCCAGUACUGCUACCCUUCCUUUCAACGCCCAGCCGCCUUUCCUUGAUGGCAGCGCGACCUUACUUAAUAUGCCCUCCAAAGACCGCGAAGUCUCUCACAACUCGGAGCACGAAAUUCAAUCGGCCCACGGGCAUCAGAUCCAGCAGCCUGGAUCCCCUCGGGCUUGUGUGGCCGAUGGUGUUCUCGUUGACGAAGAAGAUCUCAUAGACGGGAACACCAACAAUGGCUGCAUACACGUCCAUGCAUGCAAUCGCGGGGACUCCCUCUGUGGUCUCUGGGUUAAAGCGGACAGACGCUCCAUCAUGCGUCACGGACAGCGGUGGCACGGCGACGCUCGAAGUGGUGGAGACAGGUCAAUUACUUGCCCUUGGUUGGGUUGCAACAGGCAGAUGCGAGCAAGUGCCAUACCACGCCAUACUUUGAGCGCUCACUUCGGCGUAACAUGGGUUUGCAGGGGCACGGGAUGUUCAAAAGUUUUCAACCGUCACGAUUCCUUCAAGGCCCACGCUGGAAAACGUCGCUGUCUUGGAGCAGGUCUCGGGGCAAUCGUGCAGUACGACGCCGAUACUCGUGUUAUUAAUAUGUAAAAUGUCUUGAGACGUUCCGGUUGAGACAGACAACAUUGCGGCGUCUCUCUUGGUCAUUAUUUAAUAGAUGAGAUCAACAUUUGCAUUCACUAUUUACUUCCAUCACAACCAUGCAUUUUUGACGCGAAAGCUUUAACAUCAUUACGAACACGUUUGGACAUUACUCAUACAAACGUAUCAGCGUGUACAUACGCAGCAACACAAACUAUUA